UUGCACUUUUGUCCCUUCGUUGUAGGUGUGUCCCCGUACUUUGUUGCAAUAUCAAGGUCUGUUGAACCCUCGCGAAUCCAGCUCGACCCCCUUCUCCGACUCGGGCAACUCAAGACUCGACAUGACGGCCGAUGUCACGUCGCCCAACCUGCUCUCCGGCCUGCCGGCCGACGGUCGUCUCUCCACCCCCGGCUACGGUCCCUCCGACCUCAACGAAUGGUCACCAUCACCGACACCGCGACUGCUGCUGUUGCCAUCGCAACCUCCAGCCUCGUUGCACCUGCACACGCCCCAGGCCUCGAUGCUGCCAAUGCCAAUGACAUCGACAACACUCACGUCGACGACGUUGUUGCCAGCCUCAGCGCAACCGCCGCAGCCGCCACCGCCGCCGCCGCCGCCGUCAUCGUCGCUGCUACCCCCCCCAGCACCGCCCCCCCCGGCUGGGUUGUCGUUGUCGUUGUCGUCAUCCUCGUCAUCCUCGUUGUCCAGUCUCCCGUUGGGCUCGCAGCUGCAACACUCCGAUUGGCCGGAUCCGGACGUGGGACUCUUCUCGGCCGCCUACCAUUCGCCCUACGAAAUGCCCCUUUUCUCCGGCAUGGACGAGGCCUACAGAGCCGUGGGUAUCACCUACCUCCCCGACGUGGCAAUGUCCGACUCGCAGGACUACGGCCAGACGGCGCAGUCCGUCUCCACGGCCUACCAGACGGGCCACAUCGGCGGACAGACGGACUUGGACUUUUCCCACCUUCGCUACGCCGAUCCCAUGUCCACCUCCAUCUCGUCCUACUGCAUGAACAGUCUCACGCCAGCCUGGCAGUGCAGAGUCUUGCCGAAGCCAUUCGAGUCGAUCUGAGCCCAUCGCAACUGCCUCGGGCCGCCAUUUUGGCCCGUCGCGACUCGAACAGCUCUGCCGUAGAAACCGCUUCUUUCAUUACUUUCCUGCUGAACUGGACAGACAAACGGACUUUACAGUUUCCAUCCGCCUCAGCAGAUGCCCGACCCCCGAUUUCAGACACCAGACACCAGACACCAGAAAGCGGAAACAGGCCGACAGAAAGAAGGCCUCGAAUCCCAAUCGACCAAUCGACGACCUGCACGAGUCCCAGACAAGUCGCCAGUUUCCUCUUAGCCCUGGCCUCAAUUGACUGUCGGUCUGCAAGAGUCUCAUGUUCACCAGAACACGGCAGACCUCAGUUGACUCCCACUUAUUUGCACCCCCUACUUUACUUUUAG